CAGAAAUAUGUCGCAGUUAGGAUAACAUAUCUUGCGGAAUAAUUGUUUGCUCCUAGUUUGCAAUACGCAUUUCACUGCGUUGGUCUUCGAUCAAGAUGAUUGGUGCAAUUGUUCUUGUUAUACUGUUGGGGGUCGCAGCAGUUCGACUCUACAAAAAUGCUUACAAGAAACCUGCCAAUUUUCCGCCAGGUCCGCCCAGUCUCCCGGUGUACGGUGCUUACUGGUUGGUCCUAGCAAAGGUGUACAACAACUUAGCAGCCGCUUGCAUUAAAUAUUCAAAUGAAUACAAGUCCAAAGUAAUAGGAAUGUUUCUGGGUGCUGUCCCAGUGGUUAUUGUCAAUGAUCCUCAUUUACUCAAAGAAGUACUUAAUCGCGAGGAAUUCGAUGGUAGAAUGGACAUCAUACUUGGCAGACUGAGGUCUUAUUGGAAAAAGCUUGGCAUUUUCUUCACGGACGGCUACUUUUGGCACGUACAGAGAAGGUUUACACUGAGAUACAUGAGAGACUAUGGUUUCGGAAGACGUGAUCAGUCCCUGGAAUCGACGGUCGCCAACGAGGUCAAGGAAAUGAUUGAUAUGGCUACGAAUGGACCAAAAUACCCUGCUGAAAAUGACUUAGUGAAAGGAGACCUGAUAUAUUUGCCUCAUUUCUUCGCGGUACCGUUUAUGAAUGGCUUGAUGCACGUAUUCACACGUGCUUGUGUGCCGAGGCAGGAUUACCAUAUACUGUGGACGACAGCACGAGGAGCUCUUAGGUUCCAAAGGAGUUCAAACGACCUUGGCGCUGCCCUCAGUUAUACUCCGUGGCUAAAAGAUUUGUUACCGGAAUACAGCGGUUACAAGGGUCUUAAGGAAGGAAAUCAGUGCAUACUCGAUUUAUUUACGAAAGUAAUAAAAGAAGCCGUGGACACCCAUGACAGCUCAUACAACCGGCACUUCUUAGAUGUUUACAUCAGUAAAAUGAAAGAGGAAAUGACUGAGAAGAAGAGAACUACCUACUCUGUUGAUCAACUGGUGCUGGUGUGCACAGAUUAUAUGUUCCCGACAGCGACAGCUCUAGAAGCUGUCCUUACUUUGCUUAUUGAACGUAUGUUAUUACAUCCUGAAGUGCAAGACAAAAUCCACGAAGAGAUAGAUCGCGUUAUCGGCCGCGACAGACUUCCAACGAUAGAUGAUAGAAGCAAUUUGCCGUACACAGAAGCGUGUUUUCGGGAGAUAAUGAGGAUCGAGACGCUGGUGCCUCUCGGCGUGCCGCACCGCACCAUGGCCGACACCAAGUUGGACGGAUAUGACGUGCCCGAGGGCUCAAUGAUAAAUGUUAAUUACGUGACAUUACACAUGAACAAGGAGAUAUGGGGGGAUCCUGAAAACUUUCGCCCCGAGAGAUUCAUUGUAAACGGCCGGUUGCAGCUGAGUCAGGACAAGUCAUUACCUUUCGGUGCAGGUCGUCGACUCUGUGCAGGUGAAACAUAUGCCCGACAGACACUAUUCCAAGUGUUCUCAGCUUUCAUGCAAGCCUUCCAGGUGUCUACAGCUGAUGGAAAACCUUACAAAGAGUUGGCACCAAGAAUACAAGGCAUUAUAACGACUAUCCCUAACUUUUGGAUACGCGUUACACCCAGGAAAUAAACGUUAAUAAAUGCUUUUAAAUAUCAAGUGUGAGAUAUGAAAGCACAACAAAGAAUCUAAACUAUUUUACAAUAAUUUUGACCGACUUUCCAAAAGAAGGAGGUACUCAAUUCGUAAAAAGCCUUACGUAGAAAUAU